GCAAAUGAAGGUCGAGGACUCGAUCAGUCCAUCGAGUUUGUCCUUAGAUCCUCUUGAGAAAGGAAAGAUCGCAGGUCUAUUUCCCGAACUGCAGGAAAUGAUCGCAGUAUACUUCAACCAAAAUGCCUCUCGGUUGCGACAGAAUACAGUGCUUUGAUCAACCGAAGAUGGGGAAGUUGGGGCGAGUUCGUCAGUAGGCCGUGUGAAGACUUGGAAUCUAGACUCCCGCAAGAAUCAAAAUGGCCGCUGCUUGGCGUUCAAAUCUUGGUAAACAUGUUAGAGAAAUCCGUAUUCACUUAUGUCAGAAGUCCCAGAGUAGUCAAGGUGUAAGGGACUUUUUGGAGAAAUAUUACAUUGGCAUCAAAAAAGAGAACCCAAAAGUUCCCAUUCUGGUUCGGGAAUGUAGUGGAAUUCAACCAAAGAUGUAUGCACGAUAUGAUCAUGGAAAGGAGAACUCAGUCCAACUGAACAAUAUGAAUGGUGAUUCAGUCUUACAAGCAAUGGAGCAGCUUGUUACAUCAGGAGCACCAUAAAAUAUUUAUGAUUGAUUCUGUAACAUAAUCCAUUGCAGGGAAGGGCAGAAAAUUGUUUUUUUCAGCCUGCAUUUGAAUUUCCUUAAGAGUGCCUGCACAUUUGUGUUUUCAUCUUCAGUCUCUGUGUUGUUUCUAUGUAAUUGAGGUAUUGAUGGAUGUUUGACAAAUAAUUAAAGAUUUAAUUUUUUUUUA